AGCGGCGUUGGUACGGGCAGCAUAUGUCGCUCGGCUUGGCCUCUUUGUGGUUAUUUUUUUGCAGCUGGAUGUGUUGCCAUCAUGGUCGCUUCGGUCGAAGAGGUUUCUUCGUCCCUUGUACGAGAAUAUCUGAGCCGAAAGGGUCUAAAGAGGACUAUUGCCUGUAUGGAUGAGGAGCAUCCACGCACAGAGGCCAGUAUCAAUAACAGAUCACAACUGAGGGAGAUACUCAAUAUAGAAGAUCUCUACAGGACCAAUAAAGUUCACAAUUCCCCGUUCAACACGUUACUGGAAAUCAUUGUGAAACAUCAUAUUGAACAGCUAAAGAGUUAUAAGAUCACCAGAAAUGAAAGUGGUGUUUUGCAGAGCACUCAAACUGUCAGCUCAGCGGAUUCUCCUGCAGGAACACCACCAGAGACGAAUGACAUGAAAGCAGAUGAAAUCGCACCAGCUUUUGUGCAUAGUAAACACACUAAAAUUAGACCUGAAAUACAAGGGGGAUGCCCCUCUCAGCCUACAUAUAUGUCACUAUUGUCUGAGGAUGACAGGCUGUCUAGUUAUGAUCAAACAAAUGUCUUGGCUUAUAACUCAGAUAGCCCAAAAGGUCAGCCACUGAUGGCUUUUCUUGAUGACAAUGCAAGUUUUGGCCAAAGAAAGACAAAUAAAAACAUUUUCACCACUGAGGCUACCCAAAGGAGCAGAAGUACCCGCAUUAGACGAGGCAUGAUGGCUGGACCAGUGCCACAGGAAUCUAACAAAAAAAGACACAGUCGAAAGGCUGAAGUUUCCCAGCCACUUCUCAGAAAAGAAGAGGAAAACAAAAGGUCUCAGGAGAGACGUUUGUUAACUGGCAUACAUCAAAAAAGCUUAGAAAGCAGUCUAACAGGUGUCCGCUUAGCUGACUGUAGAGGAGGGAAACAGGAGUUGCUGAAUCUUCCAGGGGGAAUACAGAGCGAGAACAGCGAUGGAAAAACAAAAAAAGUAAAAACCAAGCCAAAUCUGUCUGAUUUGGAUAUGUCAGAAUUGGUGUUGGAUGACAUUGAUGAUGAUGAUGUGCAAGAUUUUUCCAAAGUAUCUCUCCAGAGGACUGUUGCAGAGCGUCAGUACACAGGCCGACCGAUAGACCAACGCACUGCCACGGAGUUGAAAGCAGUUCUUCUUGGUUCCAGCCUAAAUGACUUCAGUGCCGAAUGGAGGAAUCAAGGUUUCACGUUCUCAGAGAUACAUGACCUCAGUUAUGGAAUUGUGCAGAGAAAGGGUGGUCCUUGUGGCGUCCUGGCAUCCAUUCAAGCAUUUGUUCUAAAGAAACUGCUGUUUGAAAACAGAGAAAACAGAAAUACUAGUCUUCAGAGGUUAAGACCUUCCAGCGCUACUAGAAGACAGUGUCUUGUUUUAGCUAUGGUUGAAAUCUUGUGGAGGGCUGGCGAGGAAAAACAGGCCACAGUCGCAAUAAAUUCGGGGAAAAGCCAUUUCCAACCAAGCAAUCACUUCAGACCUGAAGGAGUGCUGGAAAAGAUAAUGUACUUCACAGUGGAUAACGUCAAAGAUCUGCAGUUCAUUCUGGAGCAGCACAUUGAGCAGUUUGAAUCGGGGAUGUUGGGAUGUAUUCUGCUGACGAUAUCUGCUGUUCUGUCUCGAUCCAUUGAAAAAGUAAGAGAAGACAUGGAUGUACCUUCUACCACUCUCAUCGGUGCCCAUGGCUACUGUACUCAGGAGUUGGUCAACCUGCUGCUCUGUGGCAGAGCAGCUUCUAACGUUUUUGACAAUGACAUGGACUUGGACUCCGGCAACGGCAACAUGACGCUCCUUAAAGGAGUUAAAGGCCUCUGUGAUGUUGGUCUGCUGUCCUUGUUUGAACAUUAUAACAUCUGUAAGGUAGGAGCUUACCUGAAGACUCCCUCUUAUCCAGUCUGGGUGGUGUGCAGCGAGAGUCAUUUCAGCGUGCUGUUUGGCCUGCAGAGGGAGCUGUUGACCAACGAGGACAAAGACCAGGAGUUUGACCUCUAUUAUUAUGAUGGAUUGGCCAACCAACAGGAGGAGAUCCGCCUGACCAUCUCUAUUGGGAAUUUGUCCAAGAGCUUUCAGAAAGUUGAUACUGAUCUCAUUCCUCCACUGGAGCUUUGUAUCCGGACAAGGUGGAAAGACGCAUUUGUCAACUGGAAUAACACGGAGCCUCUUCUCUGAUUACAAAGUCAUGGAGGAUAUGUUAACUAUCACCAGGAGAUGUUUUGUUUUUGGUAUGUUUAAGUGUUUGUCAUGUUAUGAUUAGCUCUAAUAUUAAUAUUGCCUUAAUUUUCUCUUCAGCUGAGACACUGUUGGAUAAAUGUGGCAUCUAGAAAGGUUUUGAACCUCCCUGGGAAAUGCACUAUUAGAGCUUAUCUGCUGCUAUUAUCAAUUAUACUAUAGCAAAUACAAUUAAUUUAAUCAAUUAAGUUAAAUCUAUUAAUUAAGCAUGAGUUUGUUUUUUUUUGCAAAAUAUUUGUAAUCACAAAUAACUGGUUGGAGACUCAUACAGUCUACUGGCAG